UGGGCUGCAUUUCGUGUUGUUUCGCCAAAGUGUGCAGUUUGCAAUUGGCAAAAAUUUGCUGCAAAUUGAUUAAAAUUAAUCAAUAUAUUUGCUAAAAAAAAUGCAGCAGUUGUAAGCGAGCACAAAUCAAAAGAUUAAUCUCCAAACGGAAAAAAAAAUAAUUACCGUCAAUUGGAAAAUACAAAAUUCAAAAAAUGAAUCGUCUGCUGUUGCAGUGUCUGGUGACGAUGAUACUCGUCUACACAGUCAUCUCUGUACCCACCAGCAGUAGCAUCACAACUACAUCGAGCAUCGCUGCUGCGGCUGGACAACAAACCACUACGGAGAUACCGCAACAGGAUGACGAUGAUGAUGAUUGGGAUGAGGGCGACGACUCGCUGGAAUCCGAUGAUGAUGGACGUGUUUACAAAAAUCCUCGCAACUCCCCGUCCACUGAAUGUCCGCGCGAUGAGGAGCAGGCUACUCUGCUUGGACAGAAGUGCUUGCGCAAAUGCUCCUCGGAUGAGGAUUGCAAGAGCAAGAAAAAGAAAUGCCUCUGCGAUGGUGUCUGCGGAAAUUCCUGUAUCAAGCCAGACCGCGAGUGUCCGGAGCUGGCGCAGCCAAGCUUGGGUCAGGUUACAGUUGGAGGGCGACACUUUGGCGCACGCGCUUCCUACGCUUGUCCACAUGGCUAUCAUGUGGUUGGACUGCAGAGUCGCCUUUGUCAGGCCGAUGGCAACUGGGCAGGCGCUGAGCCAGCCUGCAAACAGAAUAUUUACUGCCUGAAGCCACCACAGAUUGAACACGCUCGUAACUCUGCGUUACCCGAGCAGGAGACUUUUGAUUUGGACUCGACGGUGCAGUACCAUUGCCACACAGGAUAUGUGACCAAUGGAUUCCCACGAGCCAAGUGCUUGGCCAUCGAUAAUCAAGCCAGCUGGUACGGACCGGACAUUCAAUGCGAACCUCGUUCCUGUGGCCAACCUCCAGAUCCUGCCUAUGGCUGGCAUGCCGGCGAAUGCUACACUUACGGUUGCAAGAUCACCUAUAAUUGUGGCACCGGCUACGAGCUGGUGGGCAAACAUGAGCGCUACUGUCAAUCGGACGGCUCUUGGACGCCUAAGGAGCUCCCCACUUGUGUCUUGGUUACUUCUGUGGUCUGUCCCACGCCAGAAAAUCCAAAGAAUGGCAAGGCUACCUACACCACCUUGGCCUACAAUUCCGUGGUCAGCUAUGAGUGUCGUUAUGGUUAUACUCUAGUCGGUGAGAGUUCCAGUCGCUGCGGUGCUAGUGCUAAAUGGAGCGGCACAGUUCCUAGCUGCAAGGAGAUUAACUGUGGACAUCCUGGCGUGCUUUAUAAUGGCUGGAUUGAGAACAUUGAGGCAGGCACUGGAUUGGGUGCCAGCAUUAUUUUCCGCUGCCAGCCAGAGAUGUUGAUCAAUGGCUUAGGAUCGAGCGUCUGUCAGAUCGAUGGACGUUGGCGCAACGCUUUACCCGAAUGUUUGGCACCUUGUGUGGUGCCCACCAUAUCGCAGGGAUUCGUCAUACCCAUUGAGAUAACCACAGAUGAGAAUGGCACCACGAUUAUCACACAGACAACGACAACAACACAAUCUCCGACACAAAUCAUAGGUGGAGUGGAGAAGGUAAAGCAUGGUACGGCGCUGGAAGUCAAAUGUGAUGAGAACUACGAAUUUCCUGUCUCUCUGCUAAGUCCACCGACUUGCAACAAUGGCACUUGGAGCAUUAUUCCACGAUGUGUGCCUGCACGUUGCAAGAAUAUGCCUCGUCCUCCCAAGCAUGGCAUGGUUAUGGCACCAAAGACAGAGCACGGCAUGAAAGCGCGUUUCAAGUGCAAGGAUGGAUUCAAAUUGGUCAGUCCCGAGGGCAAGGAUGUAACUGAUCCGCAUGAUUAUGUACUAACGUGUUCCUUUGGCAACUGGACGGGAGAAACACCGAAGUGUGAUGAGGUAUUUUGCUCUUUUCCUGGCUACAUUCCCAAUGGCAAAGUGUUGUUGGUUGGCAACAUGGGUCUCUACGAUUACCGGCCAUAUGUGAAGAAGAUUGUCAACAAUAAGCAGAUCAUGUACGACUGCGACAAGGGCUACGUGUUGGAGGUAAGUUGGUCCCCCCCCGGUGCUACUUGCGUGGGUGGCAAGUGGCGACCCUUGGAUCUACCGCAGUGUCUGCUUGGUCAGCAUCCACGUUUGCGAUGGAAUCGUCGACGACGUCGUUCUCUGGAGUUGCGACAACUGCGAUCCGUUUUUUUGCUUCGCCGUCAGCGUGAGCUGCAGCGACAACUUCUGGAGCAUCAAAUUUAUCAGUUGCCUGAAACCACAGCUGUCGAGACAAGGGGACAACGCUUUAGGCGUGGCACCCAAGCCCUUAAUCCCUCGGACAUAGAUCUGGCCUACUCCAAAUACUAUCAGAAGAUCAAGGAACGCUAUCAGCGCUAUGUUCGCAAGAUUCUCGGUCGCAAUCGUCCCUACACAUCGACAACAAGCUCUCAGGAUGGUCGCUGGUACAAUCACUACAAUAGUCCGGAGCUGGUAAUGACACGCCAAGGAAAUCACAAUUGGCGCAAUGCUGAGGACUAUCCCGAGUCCUCUGCACCAUUGCCGAGCAUCCAUCACAAUCGUCUGCAAGUGGAGCACAGCUCGAAUGUGGCACCAGCUUCUACAGUUUCGCGCAAACUAGAUCUCAUCGAGCAAUUGAAAUCGCAGAUUGCAGAUCGCAGACGUCGACGCAAACGCAGCACCAGCAUUAGUUCCUCUCCACCGCCUGCGGCAACAUUACCCGACGGCGAUCUAGACACCAGUGAUGGUGGAGAAACCAGUCGCACUGCGGGUGGCAAGCGGUUACGUGGUCCUUGCGAAGAUCUCGACUGGGAUUCGUUUGCCAACAUCACCACAGUCCGACCAGGUAAAGCGCCGGGUAGAAAUUCAGUGGGCAUUAUGUUGCAGUUGGAGUGCAAUGCGGGCUUUAAGCUAAACAUCAAGGGCGAAAAUGCAACGGCGCGUUGCAUUCGCGGUAUCUGGAAACCCGAUACGCCCAAGUGCAUGUCUGCACCUUGUUUGGUGCCGGCGGUGGAGCAUGGCAAAUACUACAAGGUGGAGCCGCAUACUAAGCAGCUGAGCGACAAACCCUCGCUGACACCGCUCUCCACUUACGAGGAGAUUCAAUCCAAUGAGUUUAUCACGCUUGAGUGUCAGGAUGGCUUCAAUAUUCAGGGCUCUGCUCAAUUGCGUUGUGCCCAUGGCUCCUGGUCGGUGAAUGCCUUCUCUGAGUGCACUUCGGUACCCUGCACCCUGCCCAAUAUACCAGGGGUCAUCUAUGAGGGCGGUUAUCGCGCCGGCCUAACCAUCGGUCAUGGCAGCACAGUCAGCGUUCGCUGUGAGCUCUCCACCAAUGCCAAUCCCAUUGAGAUGUCCUGUCACAAGGGCGUUCUCACCCCACCCAGCAUACCCUGCGAGUCCGGACUACGCAAAUCCCGCGAGGAACUGGAGCAUGCCACGCCCACACCUACGACACACAGCAAAAUCGAACACAACGAGCUGGACGAUCACAAUCAUCACAACAACCAUCACGACAACAAUACGGAUGAGCAUUCCGACGAAAAGAUGUGUGGACAUCCCAGUCUAACAGAUAACGCCAUGGUAUACAAGAAUGUCGAUGCUGAGAACGAAGGUUUCUUUGAGAGCGGUACCGAGAUCUUCUUCAACUGCAUACCUAAUGCAGCCGGAGAUCGUCAAACAUGGCGUAUAAUUUGCGACAAUGGUCAAUGGAUAGGACGCUCUUACAACUGCGAAAAUGGCACAUGCUCGUUCAAGAACAAUGAACCGAAUGUGGUCAGUUUUUACAACGAUCUGGAGAUACGCGAGGACAUUGUGGAUUUUCCGCCUGGCGCCACGAUCAUAUCUAGGUGCGUGGACAUUGGCAAGUUCUCGAUGACUGGCAGCCAUGAGCGAACCUGCAUUCACUCAGAGUGGACAAACACAAAGCCUGUAUGCUCGGGCUUAAAUCAGGAGAAUGACUAUGCGAUGGAGAAGGCACCCACCAUCCUUUUCCGCCACAAGAACGGACCUAUAGCGCAGAGCAACGAUGGCAAGCUGAUUGUUUAUCCCGGGACAACAGUGCACAUGGAAUGCCUGUGGAUGCGACGCUUUGGAAAUCCAAAAUGGAAUGUCAGUCACACUUUCAAGAACUACACCGAAGGUUGGGUAACCGAAGCAGAUGAGGGACGUGACUCAACACUAGAGUAUCGUCUAAGUGUGUUCGAUGCCCAGGCGGAGGAUUCCGGGAUUUAUUCAUGCAUGACACCGGCACGACAUGAGCAUGCUGUUGAGGUGGUGGUGAAGGCAAUCAAUUGCCCGGAGAUACCAAUAAGACGGGGCUUGAUCGUGAACACAAACGAUACGAAGCUGAGCACCCGUGUGCUGUUGUCCUGUUCGAAUGGCAACUCGUUGUUUGGCGCAUCGGAGCUGUUUUGCUUGCCAAGUGGCAAUUGGAGCGCCCUGUUGCCGGUUUGCGAGAGCGUGGAGUGUGGCGAUAUACCGCUGAUGCCGAACAAUGUGAGCUCACCGCGCGUCUCUGUGCUAUCGCGAGAGGUGGGCGGUCGAGCGGCAUUCUCCUGUUCAUCGGGUUACGGAUUGCGCGGCCCCACCGAGGCCAUCUGUUUGCCGACAGGCGAAUGGGCGACACCGUUUCCCACCUGUGUGGAAGUGCAAUGCGAUAAUCCCGGUGCACCGCAAAACGGUUACGCCCAAGGGUCGGCACCAUAUCGUGCCGGCGAUGUGGUUCAAUUCAAUUGCAACCCGGAAUAUAUGAUGCAAGGUCAGCCAAUAAUUGCCUGUCAGGAUAACGGACGCUGGUCCGGCGGUCUGCCCAAAUGUGUGCAGGCCUGUUCGUAUCCCGGCACCGCAAUCAGCGGUCGCAUGUCCUCCGUUAAAUUCUACUACGCCAUUGGUGAGAGUAUCACGUUCACCUGCGAUGCUGGCUUAGAGUUGCGCGGUUCCAAAGUGCUCAAGUGCAUGAAGAACGGUAAAUGGUCCAGUGCCAUACCUACUUGUGUGGCCAACGAUGCCCCACCUGGCGGCAUUGGUAUUGGCGGCACAGCCAUUGGCAACAAUAAGCAUCUGGCAACCAUGGGUUAAAAAUGAUUUCUUUUGUGGAAAGUUGAGUAACAAAAAUCAAAGUGAUACUAAUACAUAUACAACAAAAUGUACUAACUAAAUGCACACAUUCGAAAAACAGACGCACACACACUCGAGUAUUCUCCAAAUACUGGAUAUUCGCGCAAUUCUAACAAUAAUUGUAAUUGUAUUACGUCGUCAUUUUAAUAUUAAUAAAUGUUCAAUUAAAAAUA